AUGGACUACGUUACCCGAGGGGUCUGCGGUCAAGAAGGUUGCCGUGAGACCCGAUACUAUCUCGACAACGGACUUUGGUAUUGUCGACGCGGUCAUUUGCAGGAGGGCGUACAAGUUGCAGAAGAUGCCGAUGACUUUGGAAAUUUAGGCAAAACACAUCGUCUGAAGCGAGAAACCAAGGAAAAGGCCAGCAAGACACUUCGUGGCCGUCCAGCCUACACGCUUUUCUUGCAAAUCUACCAGCUUAUCCUUUGGAAACAAUGUGAUGUCUUGGUUCAUGAGCAUGGGUUCCCAGAGGAACUUGAGGUCAUUGUUCGCGAUCUCUGGGCUCUCCGUCUACAAGAUUUUGAAACCAGAAUCACUGAGGCUACUGAAGAUGACGAUGAUGAUACCGAAGCCGAGCUGUUUAGCUCACAGCCCGGAGAAAGAGAUGAAUCUAGUGGUGUCGGAUUUAAACCAAAUUCCAGGUAUCUCGAAUGGCCUCGUCUGAUUGAUACCGUUGCACUGUGCUAUCUUGCGGCGUUUUUGAUGCGGCUUCCUGUCUGUGUCGUUGAUUUCCACGAUAUGAUCAUGCGGCAGAAGAUUCCCUACGCUAGAGUCCUAGCAACCGUCCCUCGGGAAAUGAGGGAUAGACUUCCGCCAGAACUGACUGCAAUCCUUGAAGUCAAUACAAUCCCUGAUGCCCAGCGUUUCCACCGCAGUGUUCUGGCAAUAGUGAUGUUCUAUCAGCGCCGCUUUGAAUUGGAACUUCCUCCAUUGAACUCGCCCAUGGUCCUUUUCCGACUCAUCAAGAGAUUAGCUUUGCCAAUUGAGAUAUAUGAUGCAAGUAGGAUCUUGCAAGACCUACUGGGCUUUACGUUCCAUUAUCCGACAACAAGUUCAUACGAUGCUCGAAAAAGAGAACACGUUCUUCCUGACUUACAAUUGAUGGCCUUAAUUAUCAUUGCUACGAAACUGCUUUUCCCAAUCGAUGAUUUAAAAAGAUAUCCCACCACAGAUAGAGAGCCUGCCACGCAGAUCAUGGACUGGGCCCUGUGGGCACGUGCCCAUGACAAUUUCGAUCAAGAUCAGCAAUUUGGGGGCAAGAUUGGAAAAAAGACUGCCGUUCAGAUCACAGACCAAGACGUGUUGAACAUGACACCUACCCAAUUGGACAAUUACAUGGACUGGUACGAAAGCAGUUGGCUGGAUACUUCUAAGCCCCCUGGUCCUAUCGCCGAAAUGUUUCCCAUCAACCGAACAGGAGAAGAUAUCCAACCAAGCUCUACCGCUGCCCCGGACUCACCCUUUGCUUCUGCCGCUGCCAUUCCACCUGCAUCUAUCUCUACCCCUCUUCUUGAUAUUCCUUCUGCUCCUCGUGGUUAUCCUGAUGAUCCUGGUGAUUCUGAUGCUCCUGAUGAUGUCCCUCCUGACACGAUUGGUCCAAAGCUCGACAUCUUGCUACAAACGGUCAUGCAAGCCCUUAGAGCCAGAAGGGUCAUCCCUGACGAUGAAGAUGCCGAUCACAGGCGUCCCGGCGAAUGGUAUCACCGGUAUCGAUGGGAAUCACAUCUCAGUGGUCCCGCACGGACUCUUUACGAAGUAGCAGCCCAGCUGGCUGCAGUCCCAUUGAAAACUCUUGUCCGAGCGGUCACAAUCAUUGAGUUUAAGAUCGCACAGCAAGAUGAAGAGCGACAGAGCAGAGAGUACUUCGCUAGUCUGGGAACAGAAGGAAUGGACACUGACGACAGCGAUGAGGACCACACGUAUGGAAUGGAAGAUUUUGAAGAAGACAUGUACGCGGCGGAGUUCGAAGAUAUGGAGUAUGAUGAAUUCAUGUCCAAUUCAAAGAUGUGGUCGACCAUCUAG